UGCAGCUACAUUUAAAAAAUGAAAAAGCAUUUCUGGUUUUGACUUUGCUUUUUAUUUAUGCUACACAAUUGCUACCAUACAGUGAAGCCUUGUGUUGCAGCAUUUCUGUCCUCUCGGCCGCUCACGCAGCACUUCCACCGUAAACCAGCAGGGGGCAGCGGUGCGCCUUUGCUUCACCUGUGUCUAUCGGCAGAAGAAGAGCCACGGUUUGUUUCUGUCCUUAAGUCUUAAGUCUGCAUCCUAGAACCGAAUCCCGGUAUGGAAGUCCCCGGUUCAGACAGCGACUGGAGGAGCACGCAGUUUCGGCAGAAAGUCGUCGCUCAGAUUGACGAGGCCAUGAGGAAGGCGGGACCCGGCACCACGACCCACAAGUCUGGCACGGACAUGGAGAACCAAGUCUACAACAAGGCCAAGACCAGAGACGAGUAUCUUUCACUGGUGGCGCGGCUCAUCAUCCACUUCAGAGACAUCCAUAAGAAGUCCCUGGGGGGUCCAGAUCCCAUGAAUGCCCUGACUAACCUGACAGGGGUUGGAGUGGGGCCUGGCGCCAUCGGAAUGGGGCCUCGCCCUGCCGGGGCUCAAGUGGGGGGCAUGGGGCCCAUGGGGCAGAUGCAGAUAGGCCAGCAUGUCAUGGGAGGGGUGCCUGGAAACCCACAAGGCAUGUCAACGCCGGCCCAAAUGCCCAUGCAGACGAUGGUGCAGCAGCAGUUCCAGCAGCAGCAGCAGAACCAGCAGCUGCAGCAGCACCAGAACCAGCAGCUGCAGCAGCACCAGAACCUGCAACAGCAGCUGCAGCAGCAGCAGAACCAGCAGCUGCAGCAGCACCAGAACCUGCAACAGCAGCAGCACCAGAACCGCUCAAUGGCCGCGGUCGGGCAGGUAAACUGACUCCCC